CAAAUAUUAAAUAAUCAAAUAUUUGAUCUCUACAGAUACUCAAUAUUCCUUAAUUUAUAAUAAAAAGAAUAUUUUGCACACACAACAAACAUAAGUAUAACUGAACUCACCAUGUAAAACGAAACGUAAUCACCAAUUUUAUGGUGGGAAAAUACACGUUGCUCGAAAUUUUCUGAUUAGUACUCAACGAAAACAGCAUCCAUUAACAGAUAAAAAUAUAUGAGUUGAAUCGCGGCAAGAAUUUUUCGUUGAAGCACUCCUAUCAGUUAAAUGAACGUGUUUGUGUGUAUGCUCGUCGUGCGACUAUGAAAUAUUACAUGGUUUUCGUUUGCAUUGCUUUGGCUUCGUUCAAUUUCAAGGCAAAUUGCUUUCCAAGUCGACAGUCAGACAAUCCAUGUCACGAUCAGCCAAACGGAAGUUUUUUGGACCAUCCACUGGGAUGCAAAUAUUUUAUCGUAUGCAAUAAUGGCGAAGUAAAUAUGGGUGUAUGUCCGGAUGGACUGGCGUUUAAUCCGUUACGGCCGCCGUGUGAUCUGGAAUCAAAUGUUGACUGUUCCCAGUUCUCAACCCAGUCACCGACUACGCAAUCACCGACCACGACAACUCAGUCAACUACAACUACACGAACGACUACGCAAUCAACAACAACCCAAUCACCGACCACGACAACUCAGUCAACAACCACUCAAUCACCAACAACAACAGCUUCAUCAACAACCACUGUACCGACAACCACAUCUACAACGACUCAAUCAACAACACCGCAGGCAACUACAGUCACGACCACUUCAACAACUACAAGUCAACCAACAACCAUAAUCCUUCCCACAACUACCAUCACACCUACUUCAACAACAACGGUUAGGCCAGUUACACCCGAAAUGCCUGAAAUACCAGAAAAUCCAGAACAGGUGACAUGCCCCGACGACGAUCCCGACAAAAUCGUUUUUAUAGCCAGUAACACUCAUUGUUCUAAAUAUUACAUUUGCUAUCACAAUAAGCCAAUCGAAAUGACGUGCUCACCGAAUCUUCAUUGGAACAUUAACACUCAAAAGUGUGACAGCAUUGAAGAGACAAAGUGUACGGUAUCCCCAAUGCCUAGCUUCUUUCCUGUGUGUCCCAGAGAUGAGGUUCGAAUUUAUCCUCAUCCUUUAAAUUGCGAAUGGUUUCUCUACUGCAAUUUCGGUCAUAUGACUGUGCAACAGUGUCCGUUCUUUUACCAUUUUGAUAGUGAGACUCAAUCGUGUAAAUUGAAAACGGUUGCUAAAUGUGUUUUGUAUCGUGCGUAGCUAAAUUUCUAAUUUAUAAUAAGCUGGAUGAGUUCUAUUUAUUUGGUUGGGUUUAAUGAAGCCUUAGUUUACUAGACGAUUUUCGGAGGUGUGUUUUAGUUUCAUUCACUUGUAAGUCUUGUGCGUGUGCAAAAAAAAUGUCCUUUUCAAUGUAAGUGUAGAGCGGUUAAUAAUAGUAGAUUACAUCCUUGUUAGACAUUUUAAUUUUAAAGAUUUUGAAAGAUGGUAGUCCGCCCGAAGGCAAGUGCUAUUGCUCACAAUAAAAACGUCCAAACAACUACGUAAUUUUGCUGGCGUAGCCCCUUGGAAAUGAAAAUUACCGCAAAUGUCAUGAAGUAAUGAAUCAGUUUCGUUGGGUGCUGCGUGUAAAAUCGAGUGUUUGGUUCAAACUAUCUUUCUAGAUUUUGCUACAUUUUGACAUAUUGUGGUCAACGUGUAUUUUUGUCAUCACUGUCGACAUUACGUGAAUAUGCGUUUCGAAAAGGUCAAGCUUUGUAGAUGCACAUUGCAAAAAGCAACUGUGCUUGGUCCUACGAUAUACCGAAUUAAUUGUAAAAUCAAAAAUAUUUGUAGAUGGAAUUUGAAAUAAGAAAAUAAAAAUUUUUG